AUGAGUCUCUUUGUGGACUCCAGCCAGCAUGAUUCCGACGGAACUACACCCCCCAAAGUAUUCUCUGCAUCCACUACACAAAUAUCUCAUCUUGCUGAUGUUUUAUCUUCGGUUGUUCCGGUGAGCUCUCAGGCUCUUAUGAUACUAUCUCCCAAAGGAAUCACACUUUAUGGCGAUUACAAUCAUAUUUGCAACAUUCAGGUCAGUUUGGACCCUUCCCUAUUCACCAGCUUUAAUUUCUACGCUGGAAACUCACAAGAAAUUGAAGAACUUCGACUAUGCAUCGAUGUGAAGCUCAUGGCUGAUUGUUUCAAUACCGUCGUUUUGACUUCAAAACCUAAAAAGACGGCUGCUCCAGGACCCGAUACCGGAGAAACAAAGUGCUAUAUCAAUUACCAUGGAGAAGGUACACCCUUUGUUGUAGAAUUUGAAGAUAAUGUGUUGAGUGAACUGCUCGAAUUUUCCACGUUUUAUUCCGAUAUUCUGUACCCGUAUGAUGCGUGGGAAAGAAGCUACGACGUUGACGACGACUAUGGUCUUGUAUUAAACUAUAACGAAGUUCAAUUUGAAGUCAUACUAAAAAGUGAUAUUUUUUUUCAGGUGCUUCGUGAUUUGGAGCUUGUGAAUACGGUAGACUUGUUCCUCAUAGUUUCGAAUGAAGUGAAAUAUUUGGGUAAUGGAAACAAGGCUGGGCCCAAGUUCAUCGACAACCUGCUCCAGUUUGUUUCAAAAGGGUUUAUGGGCCAUCUGAAAUUGAUGUAUCCGCCGGAAAAAUCCAUACUUGAGAAAUUGAAUUUAUAUGAGCCUCGUGAAGGAGGAAUGGUGGAAACUAACGGGUCAAUGACAACUGGUUACAACUACAACAUCUUGAAGAAUGUUCAGAAGGCAGUGAAGCUUUCGUCAAAGUGCAAAAUUAGAAAAGAUAUGGCCGGAACAUUAUCUAUUCAACUUUUGUGCCGUUCGCUGAUGAAUCUGUACUCGGGUACUUUGAUCACCUUCAACAUGAUGGAAGCUUCUACUGAUGCUGGGGUGCUUACCAAAAGCAAAUUUAACGAAAUGUUCGACGACGACUACCAAUUUCGUGGUGACGAUACUGAAAUGAACGAGUACCAAGAUUUGGACAAAAUGCCCAAACCGACCAUGUCAUACGAUAUGUUCCAGCAUAAAGAGGGAGAAGAGGAGAACCAAGGGGUUCCUUUGUUCUUUUGA